AUGGUACUCCGGAAUAUGUGGUCAUUUGUUAACGCUCUUGGCGGAAGACAACCAAUUUUCUACAUCGACGUGAUGCUUGUCAAUUCUGAUGUGGUCCUCUAUCCGGUCAGUGCUGAUUUGUACAAAUGGAUGACACAGACUCUGCGCGGUUGUGUUGAAAGUUGUCGUUAUUUUCUGCGUUGGAAACAUGGGACUUGUGAACCGUGUCCGACUGUUCGAUCCGAGGGUGAUGAGAUGAUCACGUUCAACUAUGUGCAAGAGUUGGAGCGGUGUCCGGAAUUGCGCGAACCGGAUGCUGCGUUCAAUCAGCGUGUGCAACAUUUGAAUCGGAAUGUGGUCGAAUUCCUGAAACGUUUGGCUCGAUAUUCCAUUCUUUGGCAUCAAGAUAAGCAAAAUGUGGUGGAAAAAUGGCUGCACGCGAAAACGCAAACCACCCGGGAUUUCGAGCUACGCAUAAUUUAUCUGUGCUCACGUUGGCAAAAUUUGGAUCGACUUCUCGGACCAAAAAGAAUAGUCUACGCGGGUGCAAUCGCUCUUCGGUUGUCCUCAUUCUUUUUGAAUGUGACUAACAAUUUACGCGAUUGGAUUCGGAUCUAUAUGCGCUAUCUGUACGAGGCGGCCGAGAAUCACUACAACACAGUGUUAAAGAUGAUUAUUACCAAACGUCGUGUGCUUCAGAAACGACCGACAUCGUUGGUGGAAAUGAAAGAAUUAUUGAGCGUGAUGGCUGAAAUACGCGGUGGCGCAUGCGAAGUUAUUGAUGAUCUUUUACAGAAAGUUGCCGAACGGAUGCGAAUUAUACGGUUAUAUGGAGAUAAAAUUCCCGAAUCCAUGUGGAAUUGCUCACACACAUUGCGCCGGCGAUGGAAUGCCAUUCUGAAACUAUGUGAAGGUAUGACACAAAAUGUGGCGCCAUUUAAAGCACAUUUUGCUGUGGGAAUCGCAGAAGAGAUCAAAGCAUUUCGCAAACGAGUGCGCGCAUUCGUGGAAAGCUACAAAAUAUCAGGUCCGGGAAACGAAUCCGAAGAUUUGGACAAAGGGGUGGUCAGUUUGGCUCAGUUCGUGACCGAAUGUGAUGUGUUGGAUGCUCGACGAGUGGAUUUGCUCAGCAGUGAACGCCUUUUGGAUUUGCCAAUUUCUACUUAUCCCGAACUGAAAGAGAUGCGAGUGGAAUUGCAAAAGCUCAAACCGAUCUAUGAGCUGUACACGGAGCAAAAGAGUGCGCGCCAGGACUGGGCGUGCAUAUUGUGGAAAGAUGCAAAAAUUCAGGAUCUAGUGACCAGUAUGCGUGAUUUCAUCGCACGAUUUCGUCAGCGACCGCGGAAAAUGCGCGCUUUACCGGCAGCAAAAAUGUUGAACAAUACACUGAAGAACUUCCAAGAAUCCUUAUUGUUGAUUCAAAAUCUGAAAGAUGAUGCCAUGCGUGAUCGACAUUGGAAGCAACUGAUGGAAAAGACCGGGAUCAGUUUUGACAUGGAUCCUCAGACAUUUACUUUGGAAGGAGUGUUUGCGAUGCAACUGCACGAAUUUUCCGACGUCAUCUCCACCGUGGUGAACAAUGCUCAGCGUGAAGUGGUCAUAGAGAAGCACCUGGAGGAUAUCAAAAACACUUGGCUUGAGAUGAAAUUUAUUCUAACUGCGUACACGAAAUGCAAUCGGGAACCAUGCUAUGUGCUCGGUGCGGUGGAUGAACCAAUCCAGUGUAUGGAAGAUCACAUGAUGAGUUUGCAAUCGAUCGGGGCCAGUCGAUACGCGACUCCAUUUGUGACGAUUGUUCGUCAAUGGGAAAAGGAUUUGACCAUUGUGAGCGACACACUAGAUUUAUGGAUCACAGUGCAGCAGCGAUGGAUGUAUCUGGAAGCAAUCUUCAUGGGUGGGGAUGUGGCCAAACAAUUGCCUCAGGAAGCCAAGCGUUUCGAAUCGAUAGAUAAAACAUUCCGCAAAAUUAUGAAGCAAACACAAGAGACACAAUUUGUUAUGAAAUCCUGCCUGGCGGAUCAUCGUUUGGACACACUCCGCUUGUUGGAACAGGAGUUGGAAUUGUGCCAAAAAGCGCUGAAUGACUAUCUUGAUGGUAAACGAAACGCAUUCCCGCGGUUCUAUUUCAUUUCCGACGACGAGGUGCUCAAUAUUUUGGGUGGUAAAGAGGCCGAAGUGAUUCAAGAACACAUUGUCAAGAUGUUCGACAAUAUUGGGAAAUUGCGUUUUACCUACUCCUCACACUCUUCAGAUGUUUCGGUCAAUGCUUUGAUCUCGUUCGAAGGUGAAGUUAUGGAAUUCAAGAAGCCCGUUCCUGUGUUUGGCAAAGUGGAGGAAUGGCUGACAGCGAUGGAGGCCGAGAUGCGGCGAACCAAUCAUUGGAUCACAAAACAAGCUGUUUUCUAUUAUUGCCAUCAGAAGUCACGUGUUGACUGGAUGUUUGAUUUCCAAGGUAUGGUCAUUCUGGCCGCCUCACAGAUCUGGUUUACCUGGGAAGUUGAAGACGUGUUUCGAAGCUUCAAAACUGGCAAUCGUAGUGCGAUGAAAGAGUUUGACAAAAAAUUGGAAGAACAACUGAACGAAAUGGUUUACCGGAUUCGAACCAAUCUGACUCCAAACGAUAUGAAAAAGCUUGAAACUGUUCUCAUUUUAGAUGUGCAUUCAAAGGACAUGGUGGAGAAAUUCAUUCGUGACAGCAUCAUGGCCCCGGAUGAAUUCGGAUGGGAAUCACAGCUUCGUUUCUAUUGGGUCCGUAAACUGGACAGUUUGGUCAUUCGUCAGUGCUCCGCGGAAUUCAACUAUGGCAACGAAUAUUUCGGACUGAACGGACGUCUGGUCAUCACUCCACUAACUGAUAGAAUCUAUUUAACUAUUACACAAGCAAACUACAACGAAUUAACUAAAUCUUCGUUAAAGCCUCGUGUCCCUGUUCUUUUAUUCACCUCUGGUUCACAGGCACUGUCUCUGUAUCUCGGAGGUGCACCGGCUGGACCGGCCGGGACCGGUAAAACAGAGACCAUAAAAGAUUUAGCCAAAGCACUGGGACUACUAUGCGUGGUGACGAAUUGCGGAGAAAACAUGGAUUAUAAAUCGUUUGCAAAGCUUCUGUCCGGUCUGUGUCGUUCCGGGGCUUGGGGCUGUUUUGAUGAAUUCAACCGCAUUGAAGUUUCCGUGUUGUCUGUAGUCUCGUCUCAGAUUAAAUCCAUUCAAAAUGCUUUGCAAUCCAAAGCAGUCACAUUCCAGUUUGAAGGUACUGAAGUCCCGCUAGAUCGACGCGUUGGAAUUUUCAUCACCAUGAAUCCAGGUUACGCUGGUCGAACCGAAUUGCCAGAAUCUUUGAAAGCUCUUUUCCGUCCUGUGGUUGUGAUAGUGCCAGAUUUGGAGUAUAUUUGCGAGAUUAUGCUGUUCUCCCAAGGUUUUCUUACAGCACGCGAUUUAGCAAAGAAGAUGACCGCUCUGUACAGAUUGGCCAAAGAACAACUAUCCCAACAAUAUCAUUACGAUUUCGGAUUGCGCGCUCUGCGUUCACUUCUUGUCAUGGCCGGUCACAUGCGUCGUACGAGUCCGCAAUCACGUGAAGAUAUACUGCUCAUGCGUGCAUUGCGUGAUUCAAAUAUGCCCAAACUGGUCCGUGAGGAUGUUCCAUUGUUCAUGGGUCUGAUACAAGACUUGUUCCCGGGCAUUGAAUUUGAACCUGCACCGAUGAUUGUUGAACUGGUUGAGGCGACCACAGAUGUGUUACAUCAAUACCAGUACACCCUGGUUGAUGAACAGAUACACAAAAUUAUCCAACUGCAUGAGACCCUGCAAUUCCGACAUUCGGUCAUGGUAGUUGGACCGACUUGCGGUGGGAAGACAGUGGUAUUGGACGUGUACUGUCGAGCCUUGAAAGCGACGGGGAUCAACACGAAGAUGUACACAAUCAAUCCCAAAGAUCGUAGCGUGAAUGAUCUGUACGGCUUUUUGGACCCGGCCAGUCGCGAGUGGUUAGAUGGAUUGCUCUCGUUUCUGUUCCGUUCGAUCAAUCAGGUAACCGAGGCCGCGGAACGACGUUUUCUCACUUUUGACGGGGAUGUGGACGCGUUGUGGAUUGAGAAUAUGAACUCGGUGAUGGAUGACAACAAACUGCUCACAUUGGUCAAUGGUGAACGAAUUCGAUUGCAACCGUAUUGCUCGCUCCUGUUCGAAGUGAGCGACUUACAAUAUGCCAGUCCAGCUACCGUGUCUCGUUGCGGCAUGGUGUAUAUGGAUCCAAGCAAUUUGGGCUAUCUACCCUAUUGGACCAGUUGGGUCAGCGGGGUUUAUGCGGGUGUGAAACAAACGCUGGAUUGUCUUUUCAACAAAUACGUUCCGGUGCUCAUGGACUACAUUUUCGACGGUGUUUUACCCACAAGUGUGAGUCGUCUGAUGAAUGCGAACACCGGUCCGUCAGACGAAACGAACAAAGAGGAAGGUGCACGCGUGAACGCUGGAGGUAGUGGUGGUGGUGGCGGGGGUGCGGGUGGGAGCGGAAAAGACCAGGGCAAUGCUCCCGGUUCAAACAAAGUAAGGAUGGUCAUGCCUCUGGUCCGAAUGAACAUAAUCAUUCAAUUUUGUACUCUGCUUCGUAGUCAGCUGGAUCUUGGAGCAAUCCCCGGGACAGAGAACACUGCGUUUGAUAAGACUCGCGACGUCGAAGUCGAAACUCUUGGUGACUACACCAAGGUAUCCGCCUUUGUUGAUCCCAAUGGCACCUCCUUGAUAACUCCGGCUACAUCUCCAGGACUUAGUGCGCCUCAGGCUCCGGGUUCUGCCAGUGUCGAACCGACUCCAAGCGCGUUGAGUGUUUCACCAACUUCAGCCCCAGCCCCGGCCACACCUUCAUUGGCUCAGAUCGCAUCGCAAGGAAUGAGUCGUGAAUCGCAGGACGAGUUGGGUUUGGAAAGUCCUGAUNAGUCCUGA